AUGGUUUACCCACUCUUAGCUAAGCAUUUGACGGGCUCGGCCUCGGCCCUUCCAGCCCUUCCUGACCUUCCCGAAGCUCGCGAAGAUCGAACUGCUGAUUUGGAGGCGCACAAGGCGACUGCCAUCAUGAGGUCGCUAGUAGCUGGUUUGUCUACGUCUCUGGGCGCCGGAAUCGUCUUGUUGCUGCGAAGUUCGCCGACUGCAAGCCAAAUGGCCUUUGCUUUGGCCCUUGCUGCUGGCGUAAUGCUUACCGUCUCCUUUGUGGAGCUUUUCAUUCCACCUUUCGUCCAGGCCGAAAAUCGUUUCCAGGCGUGCGCUUCCGGCAUCUUCGGUUUUCUUAGUUUCCUUCUGCUCAGGAAACUCGUGCCGGAGCCUGACAUGGGAUGUGGCAAAAAGGAUGAGGAGCGGCGAGACGAUCCGGAGAAAGGUCACGUCAGUGAGGUUGGUGUCGAGCCCAAAGCAAGGCAAUUCAGACUUGCUUUCCUCAUGAUGUUGGCAUUGACAGCUCAUAACUUUCCGGAAGGAUUGGCUGUUGGAGUUUCAUCGCUACAGAGUGCACACUUGGGGGUCGUCGUCAUGGCCGCAAUCGCGGUGCACAACAUCCCAGAAGGCAUUGCGAUAGCAUUGCCAGUGUUGGAAGCUACGAACAGUCGGUCCUGGGCAAUGCUGUUGGCCACACUGUCAGGUUUGGCCGAACCCCUCGGAGCUUUCGUUGCUGUCUCGGUUUUACCUCCAGGGGCGUUGGCUGGAUCUGGCAUGGACAUCCUGUUGUGUGUUGUGGGUGGCAUCAUGACCUCCGUGGCAUGCCUUGAACUGCUGCCAGAAGCGUUAGCUCAACGUCAAAGCUGGAGCACUGCAGCUGGCCUGAUCGCGGGGAUGUUGGUCAUGCUGUUGACUCAUGAGAUAGCUUGA